GUCCAACAGGUUCAGCAUGUGUACCAGUCCCAGGUGCAGUACGUGGAGGGAGCUGAGGCCGUCUACCCCAAUGGCACAAUUCGUACUGCAUACUCGUACAACCCAGAGUCCCAGCUGUAUGGACAGGGCAGUGGAAGCACCUAUUUCGACUCUCAAGCAGGUGGUACUCAGGUUACCACUGUUGUCUCUUCUGCUGGCGGAGUGCCCACUCACAGCAUGGUGGGAAUCGCCAUGGACAUGGGCAGCAGUCACAUCAUUUCCAGCGGCAGUGCCUACUUGAUCCAUGGCGGGAUGGAGAGCGGCCGCCACCACACCUCUCACUCCUCACGCUCUUCAUCCGCAAUGGGGGAACUCAAAAUACCAUUAUUAUGGUAUUCGUCUGAAGCCUGAUUCACCUCUCAACCGCUUGCAGGAGGACAUGCAGUACAUGGCAAUGAGACAACAGCCUUUCCAUCAGAAACAGAGGUGAA